UCGGAUAUUGGGGUCUGAUCUCGGAGGUCCCCAGGAUGCCAGAUCAGGCUAAGUCCCGGCAAGACUUCACGCGAUGGAAAAAGAAGAAGCAACCCGUGCGCCGCACGGUCAGCCAGAUCUGCCCGCCGCCCCGACGGCCGCUGACCGUGGCAGACAUCCGUCCUGGCAUGGAGAACGAGAGGCUGGGGGUCGUGCGUGACUCCAUGUUUCAGAACCCGCUCAUCGUCAAGGCAGAGCUUGGCAAGCCCCGGGAGAGAAGCUGCAGCUUGCCUGGUAUCAACUUCAAUUACGGACUCUACAUCCGGGGGCUAGAUGGAGGGGUCCCUGAAGCCAUCGGGCACUGGAACGUGUUUAAGCAGCAACCCACCUGCCCCCACGAGCUGACCCGGAACUAUAUUGCCAUGAACCGUGGGGCUGUCAAAGCUGGCCUGGUGACUGCCCGGGAAAACAUGCUGUAUCGGGAACUCAAUGACAUCCGUAUCAGCGACCAGGAGGAGCGGCGACAGAAAGAGCCACCCUCUGUCCCUCCCAACGUGACCUUUGGAAUCCGUUCACGGACAUCCACACCCUUCUUUGACCUGUUACAACAUCGGUACCAGCAGCUCUGGGUACAGGAGCAGAAGGCCACUCAGCAAGCCAUCAAACUGGAGAAGAAACAGAAGGUAUACCUGGGGAAGCUGUACGAGACACGGAGCAGUCAGUUGAGGAAGUACAAGCCGCCCGUGAAGCUGGAUGCUCUCUGGCACAUGCCUCACUUCCAGAAGGUGGGUCCCCAUCUUGCUACAUUCCCCACGGAGGCUGAUCGCCAGCGAGCUCUUAAGGCCCACCGGGAAGAAUAUGCCGUGCGCCAGGGCACCCUGAGGAUGGGCAACUAUACCCACCCCUAGCCCCACCCCCCACAGGGGAGCCUCCUCAAUGCAGUAGAAAAAUCCCCAAAGAACUUACUUUGUCCCCCAAAUUCCAGGAAGACACACCCAUAUUUUGACCCAGCUUUUUGUCACAGGGACCUCAAAUUCAUGUCUUAGGCUACUUAUCUUUUUUAUAAUAACCCCGAGCCCCCAACCCUUUCUGUUUUGUCUUACCCCGAUUUCCCUCUGCCUAGAGAGCUCCAUCUUCCUCCUCACUCUCUUCCACUUCCUCCUCUCCUCUUUCCCCCUUUCUCCUCUUCCAGGAGACCCACUCUGC